CGCCUCUGGGCCCCACCCGAUCUCGAGAGAUGGCCCGUCUGCCUGCAGACUCGACCGACUCCGCUCGACUGUCGGAUCCUCGACCAGCUUGUUGUUCCCGCGACGCAGACCUGUACCGGCGUGUGGCAGCCGGGGCUCCUCCCCGAGAUGCGCUCCUUCGUUCGUCUGCGCUUCGAGACGAAUUGCGCUGGUAUGCUAGUUCUCCGAUGCCAGGGCCACGAGAUUGAGGACGUGAGGAAGCUCGAGGAUUCCUCUGGGCGCUUAUCCUGUCAACAUCUGAUCCCGACGAGUCAUUGGGGCUGGCCAGCAAGGAAGGCGGGAGAUCUCUGGGCGUUUUAGGAAGGUGGUAGAAAUCCAACCUUGAGGUGGCGGCAGCACCAGCAGAGGUAGCAGGGUUGAACUCUUCGUCGUCAUGAACAACAGAAAUCCCACUGGCGGCGAUCUGCGCAAUCGGAGUCGUCCAGAUGGGUGUGGCAUUGUUGCUCUCGGACCGACCGUCAAAUGUUUCGUUGACGGGCGUCAAUACAGAAACUCCGGAGGCAGGCUGGCUCUUCGCGGGUGGCACUCCCGUCUGCAGCUGAGGGAGGCGGGGUGGCACAACGUCCUUGUCCGGAAAGGCAACCCGUACGAAGGGUGUCCUUGGACCUUCGUAAAGCGACGACCCUGUCGGCAGAUGAUAUCUCGAGGUGGAAGGAGUCGAUCGCAACGGCCAAGAGGGUUCUUCCUCGUUGUCAAUGUGUGCCGUAUCUGGACGGCGCACCUCCUCCUUCACCACCCGGCGGACGGACUCGCCAUUGUCGUCGUCCUUAUCUCGAAGAUGGUCGGCAGACAGCGACCGUCGGUGUGUCUUCCGUGACCAUGUCCGGCUGUAUGGGCCGUUGCCU